AUAGCUACUCAGAAAGCAUGUGGUUUGGCUCUGGCCAAGCUGGGCCAUGCAAAUGACAGAGUUAUUGUGCUGGAUGGUGAUACCAAGAACUCCACCUUUUCUGACACAUUCAAGAGAGAACACCCUGAGCGCUUCAUCGAGUGUUUUACUGCUGAGCAAAAUAUGGUGAGCGUGGCACUGGGAUGUGUCACCCGUGGUCGCACCGUGGCUUUUGCUUGCACCUUCGCUGCCUUUUGGAUCCGAGCAUUUGAUCAGAUCCGGAUGGGAGCCAUCUCGCAAACCAACAUCAAUCUUAUUGGGUCCCACUGUGGGGUGUCCGUAGGUGAAGACGGCCCCUCCCAGAUGGCCCUAGAGGACCUAGCCAUGUUCCGAGCCAUUCCGAACUGCAAGAUUUUCUAUCCAAGUGAUGCCAUCUCGACAGAGCAUGCUGUUUUCCUGGCAGCCAAUACCAAGGGGAUGUGCUACAUUCGAACCAGUCGGCCAGAAACUGCAAUUAUUUACACCCCACAAGAAAGCUUUGAGACUGGACAGGUGAAGGUCAUCCGUCAAAGUGUGAACGACAAGAUUACAGUUGUCGGAGCUGGAAUUACUUUGCACGAAGCCUUAGCUGCCGCUGAUGAUCUUUCCAAGCAAGAUAUUUCUAUCCGUGUCAUUGACCUGUUUACUAUUAAACCUCUGGAUGCUGCCACCAUCAUCUCCAAUGCAAAAGCCACAGGUGGCCAGAUUAUCACAGUGGAGGAUCACUACCCAGAAGGUGGCAUCGGGGAGGCCGUCUGUGCAGCCGUCUCCGUGGAGCCUGACAUCGUGGUCCAUCAGCUGGCAGUGUCAGGGGUCCCUCGGAGCGGGAAGCCCAGUGAUCUGCUGGAUAUGUUUGGAAUCAGUUCCAAACACAUCAUAUUGGCUGUGGAACGUAUUUUAAUGCAAUAG